CGCGGAGCCAGCGGAGCCAGCUGAGCUCGAGCCCAGCCCGCGCCCGCGCCGCCAUGCCCCUGGCCUUCUGCGGCAGCGAGAACCACUCGGCCGCCUACCGGGUGGACCAGGGCGUCCUCAACAACGGCUGCUUUGUGGACGCGCUCAACGUGGUGCCGCACGUCUUCCUACUCUUCAUCACCUUCCCCAUCCUCUUCAUUGGAUGGGGAAGUCAGAGCUCCAAGGUGCACAUCCACCACAGCACAUGGCUUCAUUUCCCUGGGCACAACCUGCGGUGGAUCCUGACCUUCAUGCUGCUCUUCGUCCUGGUGUGUGAGAUUGCGGAGGGCAUCCUGUCUGAUGGGGUGACCGAAUCCCGCCACCUCCACCUGUACAUGCCAGCCGGGAUGGCGUUCAUGGCUGCUGUCACCUCCGUGGUCUACUAUCACAACAUCGAGACUUCCAACUUCCCCAAGCUGCUAAUUGCCCUGCUGGUGUAUUGGACCCUGGCCUUCAUCACCAAGACCAUCAAGUUUGUCAAGUUCUUGGACCACGCCAUCGGCUUCUCGCAGCUACGCUUCUGCCUCACAGGGCUGCUGGUGAUCCUUUAUGGGAUGCUGCUCCUCGUGGAGGUCAAUGUCAUCAGGGUGAGGAGAUACAUCUUCUUCAAGACACCGAGGGAGGUGAAGCCGCCCGAGGACCUGCAAGACCUGGGGGUGCGCUUCCUGCAGCCCUUCGUGAAUCUGCUGUCCAAAGGCACCUACUGGUGGAUGAACGCCUUCAUCAAGACUGCCCACAAGAAGCCCAUCGACUUGCGAGCCAUCGGGAAGCUGCCCAUUGCCAUGAGGGCCCUCACCAACUACCAACGGCUCUGCGAGGCCUUUGACGCCCAGGUGCGGAAGGAUGUUCAGGGCACUCAAGGUGCCCGGGCCAUCUGGCAGGCACUCAGCCAUGCCUUCGGGAGGCGCCUGGUCCUCAGCAGCACUUUCCGCAUCUUGGCCGAUCUGCUAGGCUUCGCUGGGCCACUGUGCAUCUUCGGGAUUGUGGACCACCUUGGGAAGGAGAACGACGUCUUCCAGCCCAAGACACAAUUUCUCGGGGUUUACUUUGUCUCAUCCCAAGAGUUCCUUGCCAAUGCCUACGUCUUAGCCGUGCUUCUGUUCCUUGCCCUCCUACUGCAAAGGACAUUUCUGCAAGCAUCCUACUAUGUGGCCAUUGAAACUGGAAUUAACUUGAGAGGAGCAAUACAGACCAAGAUUUACAAUAAAAUUAUGCACCUGUCCACCUCCAACCUGUCCAUGGGAGAAAUGACUGCUGGGCAGAUCUGUAAUCUGGUUGCCAUCGACACCAAUCAGCUCAUGUGGUUUUUCUUCUUGUGCCCAAACCUCUGGGCUAUGCCAGUACAGGCCCAACCCAAGCUGGCUGAAGAACACCCUGAUGGCCUCUGUUUGAGCACAACUAAUGAAGGACUGGACGCCAGAGAUAAGUCCAGGAGGGUGAUGCUGCAGGGCAGUCCGGGAAAGAGGAUCAUUGUGGGUGUGAUUCUCCUCUACUACAUCCUCGGAGUCAGUGCCUUAAUUGGAGCAGCUGUCAUCAUUCUACUGGCUCCUGUCCAGUACUUCGUGGCCACCAAGCUGUCUCAGGCUCAGCGGAGCACACUGGAGUAUUCCAAUGAGCGGCUGAAGCAGACCAACGAGAUGCUCCGCGGCAUCAAGCUGCUGAAGCUGUACGCCUGGGAGAACAUCUUCCGCACGCGGGUGGAGACGACCCGCAGGAAGGAGAUGACCAGCCUCAGGGCCUUUGCCAUCUAUACCUCCAUCUCAAUUUUCAUGAACACGGCCAUCCCCAUUGCAGCUGUCCUCAUAACCUUCGUGGGCCAUGUCAGCUUCUUCAAAGAGGCCGACUUCUCGCCCUCCGUGGCCUUUGCCUCCCUCUCCCUCUUCCAUAUCUUGGUCACACCGCUGUUCCUGCUGUCCAGUGUGGUCCGAUCUACCGUCAAAGCUCUAGUGAGCGUGCAAAAGCUGAGCGAGUUCCUGUCCAGUGCAGAAAUCCGUGAGGAACAGUGUGCCCCCCAUGAGCCCACACCUCAGGGCCCAGCCAGCAAGUACCAGGCGGUGGAAGAGGGGCUCCCUUCCCUACACAGCUCCCAGCCCAGUGGGUCCUCACCUCCAAACCACCCCCAGCCCCUCAAGGUGGUAAACCGCAAGCGUCCAGCCCGGGAGGAUUGUCGGGGCCUCACCAGCCCACUGCAGAGCCUGGUCCCCAGUGCAGAUGGCGAUGCUGACAACUGCUGUGUCCAGAUUGUGGGAGGCUACUUCACGUGGACCCCGGAUGGAAUCCCCACACUGUCCAACAUCACCAUUCGUAUCCCCCGAGGCCAGCUGACUAUGAUCGUGGGGCAGGUGGGCUGUGGCAAGUCCUCGCUCCUUCUAGCCGCACUGGGAGAGAUGCAGAAGGUCUCAGGGUCUGUCUUCUGGAGCAGCAUCCUUCCUGACAGCGAGACAGGAGAGGACCCCAGCCCAGAGCGGGAGACAGCGACCGACUUGGAUAUCAGGAAGAGAGGCCCCGUGGCCUAUGCUUCGCAGAAACCAUGGCUGCUAAAUGCCACUGUGGAGGAGAACAUCAUCUUUGAGAGUCCCUUCAACAAACAACGGUACAAGAUGGUCAUUGAAGCCUGCUCUCUGCAGCCAGACAUCGACAUCCUGCCCCAUGGAGACCAGACCCAGAUUGGGGAACGGGGCAUCAACCUGUCUGGUGGUCAACGCCAGCGAAUCAGUGUGGCCCGAGCCCUCUACCAGCAUGCCAAUGUCGUCUUCUUGGAUGACCCCUUCUCAGCUCUGGAUAUCCAUCUGAGUGACCACUUAAUGCAGGCCGGCAUCCUUGAGCUGCUCCGGGACGACAAGAGGACAGUGGUCCUAGUGACCCACAAGCUACAGUACCUGCCCCAUGCAGACUGGAUCAUUGCCAUGAAGGAUGGCACCAUCCAGAGGGAGGGUACCCUCAAGGACUUCCAGAGGUCUGAGUGCCAGCUCUUUGAGCACUGGAAGACCCUCAUGAACCGACAGGACCAAGAGCUGGAGAAGGAGACUGUCACAGAGAGAAAAGCCACAGAGCCACCCCAGGGCCUAUCUCGUGCCAUGUCCUCGAGGGAUGGCCUUCUGCAGGAUGAGGAAGAGGAGGAAGAGGAGGCAGCUGAGAGCGAGGAGGAUGACAACCUGUCGUCCGUGCUGCACCAGCGUGCUGAGAUCCCAUGGCGAGCCUGCGCCAAGUACCUGUCCUCCGCUGGCAUCCUGCUUCUGUCACUGCUGGUCUUCUCACAGCUGCUCAAGCACAUGGUCCUGGUGGCCAUCGACUACUGGCUGGCCAAGUGGACCGACAGCGCCCUGACCCUGACCCCUGCAGCCAGGAACUGCUCCCUCAGCCAGGAGUGCACCCUCGACCAGACUGUCUACGCCAUGGUGUUCACGGUGCUCUGCAGCCUGGGCAUUGUGCUGUGCCUCGUCACGUCUGUCACUGUGGAGUGGACAGGGCUGAAGGUGGCCAAGAGACUGCACCGCAGCCUGCUAAACCGGAUCAUCCUAGCCCCCAUGAGGUUUUUUGAGACCACGCCCCUUGGGAGCAUCCUGAACAGAUUUUCAUCCGACUGUAACACCAUCGACCAGCACAUCCCAUCCACGCUGGAGUGCCUGAGCCGCUCCACCCUGCUCUGUGUCUCAGCCCUGGCCGUCAUCUCCUAUGUCACACCUGUGUUCCUCGUGGCCCUCUUGCCCCUGGCCAUCGUGUGCUACUUCAUCCAGAAGUACUUCCGGGUGGCGUCCAGGGACCUGCAGCAGCUGGAUGACACCACCCAGCUUCCACUUCUCUCACACUUUGCCGAAACCGUGGAAGGGCUCACCACCAUCCGGGCCUUCAGGUACGAGGCCCGGUUCCAGCAGAAGCUUCUCGAAUACACAGACUCCAACAACAUUGCUUCCCUCUUCCUCACAGCUGCCAACAGAUGGCUGGAAGUCCGAAUGGAGUACAUCGGUGCAUGUGUGGUGCUCAUCGCGGCGGUGACCUCCAUCUCCAACUCCCUGCACAGGGAGCUCUCUGCUGGCCUGGUGGGCCUGGGCCUCACCUACGCCCUAAUGGUCUCCAACUACCUCAACUGGAUGGUGAGGAACCUGGCAGACAUGGAGCUCCAGCUGGGGGCUGUGAAGCGCAUCCAUGGGCUCCUGAAAACCGAGGCAGAGAGCUAUGAGGGGCUCCUGGCACCAUCGCUGAUCCCAAAGAACUGGCCAGACCAAGGGAAGAUCCAGAUCCAGAACCUGAGCGUGCGCUACGACAGCUCCCUGAAGCCAGUGCUGAAGCAUGUCAACGCCCUCAUCUCCCCUGGACAGAAGAUCGGGAUCUGCGGCCGCACAGGCAGUGGGAAGUCCUCCUUCUCUCUUGCCUUCUUCCGCAUGGUGGACACGUUCGAAGGGCACAUAAUCAUUGAUGGCAUUGACAUCGCCAAACUGCCGCUGCACACCCUGCGCUCACGCCUCUCCAUCAUCCUGCAGGACCCCGUCCUCUUCAGCGGCACCAUCCGAUUUAACCUGGACCCCGAGAGGAAGUGCUCAGAUAGCACGCUGUGGGAGGCCCUGGAAAUCGCCCAGCUGAAGCUGGUGGUGAAGGCACUGCCAGGAGGCCUUGAUGCCAUCAUCACAGAAGGCGGGGAGAAUUUCAGCCAGGGACAGAGGCAGCUGUUCUGCCUGGCUCGGGCCUUCGUGAGGAAGACCAGCAUCUUCAUCAUGGACGAGGCCACGGCUUCCAUUGACAUGGCCACGGAAAACAUCCUCCAAAAGGUGGUGAUGACAGCCUUCGCAGACCGCACUGUGGUCACCAUCGCGCAUCGAGUGCACACCAUCCUGAGUGCAGACCUGGUGAUUGUCCUGAAGCGGGGUGCCAUCCUUGAGUUUGAUAAGCCAGAGAAGCUGCUCAGCCGGAAGGACAGCGUCUUCGCCUCCUUCGUCCGUGCAGACAAGUGACCUGCCAGAGCCCAAGUGCCAUCCCACACUCGGACCCUGCCCAUACCCCUGCCUGGGUUUUCUAACUGUAAAUCACUUGUAAAUAAAUAGAUUUGAUUAUUUCCUA